CGGCUCGCCCCCGUGAGAGGGAGGGGAGGUAUUUCCCGGGAAGGUGGCUGCCGCAGCAGUAGCGUUCCCUGCGGUGGCUGUGCGGAGUAGUGACGUACACACGCAGAUACGUACGCCCGGCCCAGGACAGGGGGAGGGGGUGGGGCAACUGGAUUGAACCACCCUCGGCGACAGGUGCCAACAGGAAAAUGGAUGAUGACGAAUUUGGAGGCUUUGAGGCAGCAGUGACCUUUGAAGGUGAAGAUGGUGAAACACAAACUAUUUCUCCUGCUAUUCCUUGGGCAGCAUUUCCUGCAGUAUCUGAAGUCCAUGUACCACAAAAUAUUUCUUCAGAUGUUCUUCUGGAGCAUUCUCUGUCUUCUGCUUGCCUUGUGCCUUCUGAUUCAUUCAUCUUAUCAGGUGAUGAUGUACUGACAGCUGUUCAAACAGCCAACAGUAUUUUAAACCCAGCUGUUCUUAAAGAACAGGUUCAGUUAUCAGCCAGUUCUUCCUUGGAUAUCUCAAUUCCUUCUUUGAGUUUAACGGAAGGAAAACCUUCAGAAAAUUCAACCAUCCCUGUGGGUGACUCUGAGAAGCCGGGGAUAAAUGGAUCAAAGAAGCAUCUUCAACCAACAGUUGCAAGUCUAGAGAUGAAACUUAAAGAUGCUGAAGAAGAAAAAUGUAGAAUUAAAAAGGAGUUAGAAGAUUUGAUGGAAAAGCAUAGUAUCCUGCAAACAGAUUUCUUGAAAGAAAAGGAAGGUGAAUUCAUCUCACACCAAGAUCGCUACAAAAAGCUGCAGGAGAAACACAAGCUUGAGUUAGAAGACAUGAGGAAAGCUGGACAUGAAGCCCUGACUAUUAUUGUGGAAGAAUUUAAGGCACUAUUGCAGUCUACAGUUCAGAAGCAAGAAGAGGCCAUUGAAAAACAGUACGUAGCUGCAAUUGAAAAACACUCAUACAAGUGUGAGGAACUGCUGAAUGCUCAGCAUCAGAGACUUCUUGAAAUGCUGGAUACAGAGAAAGAAGUGUUAGUGCAAAAAGUAGAAGCAGCCUUGAUGCAACAAUCACAAAAACAUAAGGAAGCCCUGGAAAAAUGUUUGGAGGAACAAGAGAAUAGAAGUCAAGAAGCUUUGGCAGCUGCUGCUAAGAUUGAAAAAGAAGUAAUGCAAGAGGCCAUUUUAAAAGCAGUCGAAGAGGAAAGGAGAAACAUGGAGAAAAUUCAUGCAAAAGAAAAAGAGCUAUGGCAGGCCGAAUGUGUCAAAGACAAAGAAAAGAUCGCUCAGGCUGUGCAGGAGGCUGUGCAAGAGCAAAGAAAAACCAGUCAAGAAGUUGUUAAGGCAGCAAUAAUGGAAGAACAGAAACGAAGUGAAAAGGCUGUGGAAGAAGCUGUGAAAAGAACAAGAGAGGAAUUGCUGGAAUAUAUCAAAGAACAGAAGAGGAUUUUCAUUUCCAUCUGGAAAAUACAAAAAGCGAUUAAAAAAAAAAUCAGAUGGUUCCUCCAUCAAAUCAAACCUUCAAGAUGAUGACUUGGCUGCUUAGAAAAGGAUAUUUAAAAUAAUAACUUUCCCCAGUAGUCAUAAGCACUAUCUCAGCUAGCAGAAUGGAUUCCACAAAUUCUGUUUACUACAUCUGUGCAAAAGAUUUGCUACAAUACUUUUGCAAGAAGUAAACACAAUGUAAUUCUCAUCAGCCAUCAUAGUGUUGUGCUCAUUCAGUACUAAAAUCUUUUUUUACACUGAGGUUUACAAGUAAAUAUUGUAAGAAUCCAUGUAGUAGUAUCAGCAAUUUUCCCACUUUACAAAAAACAGAAUAUUAAUCAAUUAACUACAUCCUUUACAAAAGGCUCAAAAGAUGUUGACCCAAUAAUAAACCGUUGUCAAUUUAGUAUUUAUUGCUUGCGUUAACAUUUACUGUGCACUCGCUAUGAUCAGUGAAGACAUCAAACUUAGAAACUUAGGCUGUUUUUUCAGGGUGUUAGCCAUAACAUCUGCAAAAGUCUGUGUGCUUCAAACAUCAUUGAUUACUCUUCCUUUCUUCACAUUUUUAAGAUCUAAACUGCCUUCUGAACUUUAUUUUCCAUAAGUCAUUAAAAAGUUUCAUGUGAAAAGUAUUAUUACAUUUUUAUUUGGAAGCUAGUCACCACAAAAGAUAUUUAGAAUGAAGAAAAGGUUUUGGCAAACUAACACAUCCCUUGAAUUUUUUUAUCUGGCAAAUUUAAAACAGCUCAUCUCCAUUUCAUCCCUUGGUAUAUGGAUUUCCAUUUACAUCAGAAAGAAUGGAUUUUUCCCCCAAAAAAAUAAUUUAUAGACAUAGUUGCUUCAUGGAGAUCUCUUCCCAUUGUUUUAUUGUCUUACUACUAUAAAGCUAUCUCACCUCUUGUGAGACUUACAGAAAUUAGUAUAAAAUUCAUAUUAAAAUCUUGGGCCAAAUAUCGCAGCCUCCCCCCUCCCUCCCAUGCCUCCUGCCUGUGGCAAUCAGCAGUUUUUUGGCGGUCAGGAGGCUGAGGGGAGG